CUGCGUGACGUCACUCAACUCCACCCGCAGCUUGAAUGGUUAAUUUGAUGUGAAACUGAUUCAACACGCACGCACGCACAUUGAGCUUGGUUUACGGAGUUUAUUGAGCUGGUUGUUUUAACAAUGUUUUUAACAAACCUAUUUGAUAGCAUACUCAUAUCAUUCUGCAGUUACCUUAAUAUGAAAUGUAAUACCAUCACACACUUGGGCUAUUCGGCUGCGCUGCAAGGUUUGGAGAAAGCGUUUCUCAAGAAGCUGCGUGUGACGUCAGACAGACAGCAGCCACGAGCAGCAGGCUCUGUGAUAUGAGAACGCAACCUUUUAGCUUAGAGGUGUUGGUCCCUGCACAUUAACGGACAUGAACGGUUUUUUUAAAAAAAGAACCCCACUGCAAGGUAUUUUGGGCAGCUGUGGAAUCCUUAUCCAAAAUAUAUCCUUUGCUUAUCUCGACCUUAGGCGGAACUAGUGUGUUGGGAGCCGUGGAGGAGCUUAUUUCAUGUAACUCAAUAGGAAGAAGCCACGGCGAGGGUGCAAGUUGAGGAGAAGCAGCUAACAAUUUAUUUUUUUUCCCCGCAUAAUUAUCUUACCUUUAAUACCUUUGGGUCUGGCUGUUGCUGUUGGAGUUUAUUCGGGAGUCGGCUCAACGGAACUCUGUGCAGAACUGGCCUAUAUUGGUGUAAGGCGAGGACCAAAGAUGGAGCCUGUCCAUGUUAAAGAGGAAGUGUGUGAAGUGGAGCUUGUCAGAAUUAAAGAGGAGGAACCUGACCUGGAGCCUGACCUGGAACCUGUCCAUGUUAAAGAGGAGGUCUUCGAAGUGGAGCUUGUCAGAAUUAAAGAGGAGGAGCCUGAGGAGGCUGAUGAAGAGGAACCUUCACAAGAGACCACAGGGCUUCAGGGUUCUGUGUCUGACCAUUCCAAAUACACAAGCAACUCUCUUAUAUGUAGUGAUUGUGGGAAGAGUUUCAGUCGCUUAGGAAGCUUUAAAAGACACCAACAAAUUCACGUAGGAGUGAAACUACAUCUCUGUACUGAAUGUGGGAAGGGUUUCAGUCGUUUAGGAAACCUGAAAUCACAUGAACAAGUUCACACAGGAGUGAAACCGUAUACUUGUACCGAAUGUAGCAAGAGUUACAGUGAAUUAAGAUACCUUAAAAGACACCAGCUAUCUCACAAAGGAGUGAAACCACAUCCCUGUUAUGAAUGUGGGAAGAGAUUUAGUCAGUUAGGAGUCCUUCGAAAACACCAGAGAAUUCAUACAGGAGAAAAACCUUAUAACUGCACUGAAUGUGGGAAGAGUUUUAAUCAGUUUGGAACCCUUAAAAGUCAUCAGCGAAUUCACACAGGGGAGAAACCAUAUGCUUGUUCUGAAUGUGGCAAGAGUUUUAACGAGUUAGGAACCCUCAAAAAUCACCAGCGAAUUCACACAGGCGAGAAGCCAUAUCAAUGUACUGAAUGCGAGAAGAGCUUCAUUCAGUUAGGACACCUUCGAACACACCAGCGACUUCACACAGGAGAGAAACCCUAUCAGUGUAACGAGUGCGGGAAGACUUUCAAUGCAUUAGGGCACUUUAAAACUCACCAGUGGACUCACACAGAAGAGAAACCAUUUCACUGUACUCAGUGUGAUAAAGGUUUUUACCAUUUAGGAAGCCUUAAAAUACACCUGCGAACUCACACAGGAGAGAAGCCAUACCAUUGUACGGAAUGUGAUGCAAGUUUCGGGCGGACGUAUCUUCUUAGAAAGCAUGAGCAAAUUCAUGCUGAAGAGAAAACUUGUCCACAGAAGUAACUAGACCAGAAGGUUAACUGAACUCUUAAAUCACUCAUGAGGCCACUCAAGUUUAUACAGAGGACUUCAUUGAGUGAAUAUUAGAAAGAAAACUUAGACUCUGAAUAUUGAACUUGUGAACAAGAUAAAUGGCACCCAUCAAUAAAGGGACCCACGUUUGUAAUGGCUGCGAGAAAGGGACAAUCUGCAGGACUCGCAUUUUUAACUCGCGCAUUUUGAACACAGAACAAAUUGUUGGUUGGAAAUAUAAUGCAAACUACAUGCCACCUGCAUAAAAUAGUUUUUUUUUUUUUAUAUUCAAAUACAGUCAUUUCUCGUUAAUACAAACUCUGGUAAUACCUGUUGCACACUACAUUUUGUAAGUUGUACAAUGAAAUUAGCCAGCCAUGUUGCAUAAUUCUGUAGUUUGUCGCUUCUGAUCAUGUCAUUUAUUAAACUUUAAUACAUUUCUGGAAAAAAAUGUCUACCAAGCACAGUAGUUGUAAUAGAAAUGUAUCUCCUGCAUUUAUUUAUUCUUACCUCUGCAGGGCAGGCUUGCAAGCUGUUCUAUUUUAAACAUAAAUCAAUAUUGUUAUGUUAUUAUAUAUUGAUAUUUUCACUAUGAAACUGUAUUCUAUAUUGUCACUUACUAAGUGCUGUAACGUCAGUGUUUUUCCUAAUGGGUGUGUAUUUGUAUGCCUGGACUGGGACGACCCUGUUAUGCUGUCUAGAUGCCUGGACUGGGAGCACCCCCCUGUUAUACUGUCUAGAUGCCUGGACUGGGAGCACCCCCCUGUUGUACUGUCUAGAUUGCUGCAAGGCAGCUCCUACAAAGUUGCAGGAAUGCAGUACCUUGCCGGCUAUACGAAAAUGAAUUGCUCUUUUUUAGUUUUUUUUUUUCUAUUCCUUUUUGGUGUGUGUGCAACAUGUUGUUGUUAAUGUUUAGUUUAGUAAGGAGAAAUAAAUAUUGCAAUAAUCA